AUGCUAUUGCGCCGCCAACUGCAGGCUGGCUUGCUUCACACGCUGCUGGGGCUCAGCGUGCAGCGGCCCACGCCAAAGGGAGCAAUAACAAACAUCUUCCACGAUGAUCCGCUCGGCUAUGUCCCGUGGGACCCCAUCCGAAACGUGCCACUGCCGGACUGGGCAGGAGACUACAAGGACAUCAAUCGCCUCUCGUGCACGUUUUCGGCAGACCAGCUCUUCCACUGGCCGGACCUGAAACGUGGCCUGUCCAUGUGGUUGGAGUCCCACCUGCGAGGCUAUGGCAAUAUGACCCAGAUCUUUUGGGAGCAAAUUCGGCCGAUACAACAUGACUUGACCAACAUCAUCAGCGCCCACGAAGUGAUGGUCUCCCGGGAUUGCAUUCUGGGCAUCCUCGCAGUGCGCACCGUGUACCUCCUGACCAUGAACAGGACCUACCGACAGGAAAUGGUCCUUGAGACGGACUUCCUGAUGAGCGAUUGGUACUACCUGGCCUAUCGCUUCCCGUUCUCCUUGUUGGUCGACACCGGCUGGGCGCCCAUCAUCUUCUCGUCCUGGGCGCUUCUCUCCCAAAGCCUGAAGCAGACCAACCCGCAGUUGGUAUGGACGGACUGUGAGGAAGUUCCUGGCAUUGGGCACAUGCCCUCAGACAUGCAGGCCGCAGGGAUGCUGUUUGAAGAGGGUAUUGCCGGUGCAACUUAG